AUGCAGCAGGGCAGCGUUGGCUGCGACGGGGACUCCGUUCCGAGUCCCUGCGUCAAAUCGCCAAAGAGUUUCGCCGUAAAGGGCGAGAUCGCAAACGACAGGAACUCGGCGGAGUCCGUCAGAGUCAAAGUCGAGGUUGCGGAAUCGACGGAGGCGUUCGAGGUGAAGCGGGAGCCUCAGGAUGAGUAUCAUCCACCGCGACACGACUAUCGCUACGACAGGAAACCGAUAGUUCCGCCCAAGUUUGACGGUUAUCCCGACAUCCCUGGUCAGUGUCAGCCGCAGCACCAAGGCUAUAGGCCUGUGACCAGUUUACCGAAUUCCUACGUGUUCCCUCACUUUUACGGGCCACAGGCGAUGGUUCCGCCGUCGUUCCCCAGCCCCAGACCCACGCCAGAUCGAAUGGGAAAAAUCGAGGAGCACGAGCGCGAGCACGAACGAUUCCGCGUGGCUGCGUCCGGUGUGCACAACGACGGUUUCCUUCAUCACGAACCUCAUCGGUUCAAGAUGGGCGACUAUCACCAUGGGAAACCUUCUGGAUACCGUGGAAUGCCUUACGCGGCGUUUCUGCCGUCGAUGCAGCACCGUUCGCCGUACCCCGGCCACCAGAACAAUAGCGGGUACAGGGCCGCGCAGUACCAGAACAGGCAUCGCAAAUCGACCAACGCUGCGCUUCGUGGACUGCACCCAGCGAUACCUUGGCCAAUGUGCUUCUUUCGACCGGACCUUCCACUCGGCACGCCACUGCCUACAACUCACGCGUCCAAUGCAAGUAGCAUUCCCACGUCGUCACCCCUGUCGUCCAGGACACACUCGGAGAUGCCUAAAGCUCCGGACUUCUUCGACACCAGCAAGAUCCAUGGGCAAACUCCGACGAUAUGCACGUCCAUCAGGUGCACCAUCACCGGAUGCUCCUGCGAUUCUUUCACGCCGGGGAAACGACACAUCCGGUACUGCGACAAGUGUCACCAUGGUUGGGUGCCCCACGCGCUGGCGCGACUGUCGGGCCUCCGCCAGCUGCGGAGUGGGGAUGUCGUCUCCAGCCCCCGUGGCACUGGAAGGGAGGACAAAAGCGGCGGAGGGAGGGCAAAGCAGGCGACGCCGACGACCACGGUGACGACGACGCCGACGACGACCGCGUCGAGGGAAGGGGGCGGAGGUGGGGGUGGCGGCUGUGCCGGCGAUGGAUGUGUCGAUGGUGGGGUCCGAGCGUUUGGUGGGGGGUCCGAUGGUGGGGAACGGAUCGGUGGAGGUGGCAACGGCGAUGGUGGGGGCGGCGAUGUCGCGGAGAAGGAGGAGAGGCCACCGGCUUCAGAGAGUGUCGAGCCGACGGCCGCGUUUGACGUCGCAUCCCUCGUACUCUACGGCUCGCUCGCACUACCGAUACGCCUUAAGAUCUUGCUCGAUCAGUUGUUUAACAAGUUGCCGCACGCGCAAGUGACACGUUUACUAGCCGCUUUCGGCUGGACGUACGAGGAUUACACACGGGGAUACAUACUGCAGGACUUGCAGAACGGCCCGGUGCUGGACGGAUGGAGCAUCUGUUCGCCUGAAGAGGAGCCGCUGGUGUUGCAGCAGUUCCUCAGGUUCGCCGAGACGCGUCCGUUUGUGCAGCAGUUGCUGCUGGCCGCCGGGACGCCGGGGACGGAUGCUAUGUCACCAAGCAGACGACCUUCGCCGCCGACGAUGCCACUAGCACACCUACCGCCUUCGUUGCACCUCCUCCACUGCGGUCUUCCGCCGCCUCUGCCCCCGCCGCCGCCGCCGCCAUCCGUCUCGCAUCCGUCUAUGUCGCCAACUGCCCAGAAGCACUACUCCACGUCCUCCGGAGGUAACUCCGUCGGGCUGACGAGUAGCGCGAACUCGCCUCCUAGAAGUCUGGAUCCCCAUCUGACGGUGUCGCCGCUCAACAGACUUCAGAGCAUGCAGCCCUUCGACUUCAGGAAGCUGAGUACCCUGGGUCUCCCUGCGUUUCCACCGCUACCGCCGCCCCCGUCCACGGAGCAACUGCUGCAGAGCAGAAAAUCCAUGAGGAACCCCCAGAGCCCUCACAGUCCGCCUCAUCACUCGAGCAGCAAUCACUUGCAGAGGCAUCACAUGCCACCAGUGGCGCCUGUUUCCUCUUCUGCUCUCAAUUUCGGUCAUCCUCUGUCUGUGGCGGUGUCCUCUGGCGCUCUGCCACCGAGUUUUCCUGCUCACUUUCCACCACCUUCCAUGGGGAAGCCCUCCAUGUGCGUCGCGGGCAUGACGAUUCCCUCGGACGUCCACAGCGGAGGCGAGAAGAACAGCGAGUUCGAGUCCGAGGACGACGACGAGGACGACGAGAACUCGGACAGCGCCCUGAACCUCAGCAGACGCGAUUCCGCAUCCAAGCACGCCGCCGAGCAUCGACAUCACCCGUCGCUACCUCUUCAGGCUGCCCCUCUGGGCAGGCCUCCUGGUAUACCUGGAAGAAAACCUCAUUCUCCUGGGAAACGACCGGGUAGCCAGUGGGCUGGAUCGGUCAACAUACCUCCCAAUCUCGGCACACCCUUCAUCAAUCCAACCACUGGUAAGAAGAGGGUGCAGUGCAACGUCUGCUUGAAGACCUUCUGCGACAAGGGGGCUCUGAAAAUACACUACAGCGCGGUGCACCUGCGGGAGAUGCACCAGUGCACCGUGAAAGGGUGCAGCAUGAUGUUCAGUUCAAGGAGGUCGCGAAACAGACACAGCGCCAAUCCUAACCCUAAGCUUCACUCGCCUCAUCUCCGACGAAAGAUCUCGCCACACGACGGUCGCUCGUCCAUGGCGCACGCCCUGGUCUUGCCACCUCAGGUUGGCCUACCCGUCCCAGCCACGGGGAUGAAUCACAUUUCACCUUUCGGGUCGUUCCCGUUGUUGACUCCACCGCCUGACCUUCGAUCGCCUGCCUCGUUGUGCGCUUUGGACUUCAAGCAUUUGGAUCUGUCCUCCACCCAGAGCCAAGGUAGACCGUACGAAGACACGCUCCAGCAGCGCAUGAGUGCGAGCGCGAACCUCUCGACAACGACGGUGCUGACUACUGCCACCGUGGCGAUGACGACUGCCGCAGAAACCUCAAGCACCGCCGUCACAAACAGAGGAUCCUACUCGAGCAGCAGCGCGGCCGACACGGUGUCCCCUUCCACUCAGGCCUCGACAGCAGCGCAAGAGGGCGAAGAAGACGACGACGACGACGACGGUGGCAUCGUGGUGGUCGCGGAGGACGACACGAGCAACUUGCCAUCGAGGCUGCCCCUACGGUCCGGGGAGGAAGACGACGAACAACCCGCAGACUUCAGUUUGGCGAAGCGACCAAAGUUAUAUUUCGGCGACACCGCGGACGAGGAUCUCGUGAGCAAUCCGGACAGCAACGAAGACAACGACUCGAUGGGCACGGUCGACCAGCACAGCUUCUCCAUGAGCCAACACUCGUUGAACUCGACGUCCAUGCACAGCAGAGGCGUUCGAAAGAGAAAGUCCCAACAUCCUACUCGAUGCGCCGUUCUGACCGAGAUGCACUCGUCGUCUACCGACGGGGAUUCGUCCAACGACGAGGAGCGACUCAAACAACGCUGUAUAACAGACAACACGGGCGUUUCGUCGCUGAACGACUUCCAGAGUCAGCCAGAGGACAUGUCGAUGUCGCGACUGGAGGCGGAGGAGCGAAAAACCACGCCAAACUCCCCCAAGAAUCUCAGUUUUAACGACCAAGACUCGAGUUCCCGUUCGCCAGAAGUCGGCAACAGAGAAACGGCAUCGAUCGGAGGAGCUCGACGCGACACUGUCUCCUCCCAGGACAACAGGGAGGAUCUACCUCAAGACGAGCCGCGGGAUCUGAGCUCGAGGGCGAGCAGCGUCAAGUCGCCUAAAAGACAGAUCAGUCCCGAACCAAAGACGUCCCACGACGCGGCGGAAGCUCGCUCCGCGGAGGCCGCCCUCCCAGCACCCUCGAUCGCCCCGAAGGAUUUGAACUCCUCGGAUCAAGGUGAGAGACUGAAAAGUGAUUGCGAGGAGACGACGAGGGAGGACGAGCCGACGAGAGCGUUCGUGAAGAAGGAGUCCGAGGCAGAGGAAAAAGUAAAGGAAGAGGAACACCAGGAUGAGGAGGAGGAGGAGGAGGAGGAGGAACCAAUGGAGGAGGUCGAGUUGGAGGAGGAGGAUGAGGAGGUGAACGACGCGCUGCGUAAUCAAGAAGGUGAGCGUCCCGAUGAUCCCUCCCGUGCCCCGAGCUCGGUCGAUAGCCGUCCGACGACAGCCGACGACCUCUCCCACGACUCCUCGACCAACACUUUGCGUCAACUCGAGUCCUUGUCGCAGGGUCGCGCGAUGCAGUACACCGGGAUGCAGCGGGUGGCUUCGAGGUCUGGCCGCGGCUCUACCAGCCCCGUCAGCCUCACGACGCACCAGGAGACCACCAUGGACAAUUCCUCACAUGGCUCUCGUUCAUCCAGCGCCUCACCCUCCACAGCGGCCAUGGAUACGGACAAUAGCCUGAUAACGUAUGCUCGAUUCGAAAACGGGGGAUUCGUCAGCACCCAGGAGGUGCCGUUGGACCGUGACAAUCCUCGUCGUUGCACCGCGUGUGGCAAAGUGUUUCAAAAUCACUUCGGGGUCAAGACACACUAUCAGAACGUCCACUUGAAGCUGAUGCAUCGGUGCAGCGUGGACGGGUGCAACGCGGCCUUUCCCUCGAAGAGGUCUCGCGACAGGCACUCGGCGAAUCUGAACCUCCAUCGAAAGCUGUUGUCUACCUCGUCGAGUCCACCGUUGUCUUCGAGUCUGCCGCCGAGCCUGUCACCCAGGGUGGACGACUCCCAGAUGAAUCCUUUGCUGCACAACGAGUUCCUCGCGAGAUUAUACGCGGACGCUGGCAUCGGGGCUCUAGGUGCUUACCCUCUGACCUCAGGACUACCGUCAGCGGUCGAUCUCGCGGCAAGAAUACCGCCUCCGCAUCCUUUGCUGUUACCACCGCACCUGGGAGCUACGUUCUCGGGACUGUCCUCGUUCGCCUCCCACCUGGCGGGCUUGAACGGGCUGACCCAUCAGCAUCUGAACCAUUUGAGCAGGAUGUCCCAGGAGCAAGGGAACAGACACGCCUCUGGUUCGGGGUCGCCGUUGUCCUCGCCAGGUUCGGAGGAUCGAAAGGAAGAGGCCAGGUGUACAGUGCCUGGCUGCGAUCGAGUUUUCGGUUCCAGGGCAGUCAGAGACGCUCACUCGAGAGACCCACAGGCCCACCGCGAUCUACCGGUUCUGUCGACCAGUGGCUCGUGACCGAUCCCCUUCUGCGGCCGCGACUAUUACCCCCUACUGUGAUGCCAAAAUUCUGACGAUUCGACCGAUCGCCAAUGAUCUCGAUUAAAGAGGGUCGGUGGCAGACCGGAAACUCGCGACUCCGGCUGAACACCGGCUUCGUUGUUCGAUGCAAACGUGCAAUAUCGAACGGGACACCUCCCAACGCUGCACCGCGUCCAUUGGAUCUAGCCGCGCGUGUUCCUGUCGUUUCGUGUGACAGCAGGACGAUCCGGUUUCGGGUGCAUUGCCAACAACAGUGCGGUUCCGUGGUUCCCAACGAAAGUUCCAACUUAUCCUGAUCCUAUGAAUCCCGUCGACAACUAGCUCCUAUCUAGAUUCGACUGUACCAAUACUCAUUUUACCCUUUCCUUCUUAUUUUGUUAUCCUUCAACCUCCAAACAUCUCAGAUGAAAAGGAUCCGAAUUACCAAGACUUUUCGAUAGCAAACGCGUUGCUUUCCUUUGGGACCAUUCACCACAGACGUAUUCUUUCCCAGUUCUCGAGUUGAUUUUCGUAAAACGUAAGGUGCUCACAAUCUAGUCAAUUCGGAAGUCUUCAGUCACGGCGCUGGAGUCGAAAAAAAAUUCAUUCACUUCGCAGCAACGCUUGGCCCCCGAAUUCCGACGAUGUUCCUUUGGCUCGAAGAUGGUAACGUUUUCCGUGAACAGGAAAAGAGUACGCGAAACGAAAAAAAAAAAAAAAAAAUAAAAAUAACGCGGUGUAAAAAUUCAAAGUGACGAUGGUGGAUUCUCGAGGACGCCAAAGCAUGAUUCGUAGUCGAGUCACAUGUCUACGUCACGUGAUUCGAGGACACCUAGUCGACGCGGUGCAUCCGCGUAUAUCGAGGAGGUUCCCGUUCCAGUCCGCGUGUCACGAAGCACCAAUAACAGAGAGCUGGUCGACCUGUGACCAAUUGAUUCCGUUGUACCCACCACCGUCGAUCAAAGAUCGAGUGAACUAAGAACGGAGGGGUGGGCGGUGGGGAGAAACGAGCAGGGGGUCGAACACGGUUUCGAUCUCGCCGCUGAUUUUAUCAUCGUUGUGAUAACGUAACGUUUAGUAAAUAUGCCACUAUUUAAUCAGUAAUCAUUCGCUACUGCUGUAUAUAUAAACAUAGUACCUUUCGAUGUAUCGCGCAAUUAAUCAAUUAAGCUAUCGACGCGACACGAUAAUCUCCCACGGAGACACACGCGAUAGUUUUGUAAUGGCGGACCGACCUGGGCCUGGAAAAUCGAGGAGAGACAUUGGGUCUUAAACGGCAGCUAGGAGCGUCGACGCGUUCACUGUUGGGCACGCCAUUUUGGUGAACCCUCGACGACUUGCAUUUAUUUUUCAGUAAAGGAAAAGAAAUUCAAAAUUACUUUCGACUUAAACUUGACGUUGCCAAGUGGCGUGCUCCAAACACCGGUACCGAUAUCAACGAUACUCAAACACAGCCGGCUCCUGUGACGCUUUUUCGAGAUUUCUAUCAACGGUGAACGCGUCGAGGCUGACAGAGGAUUAAGGAAGAGGACGAGCAUCGACCAUUAACCCUCCGCGGUCCUACGUCGGAUAGGACUCGACAAACAUGCACCGAAAUCGGAAACUCUGGACCGCGCAGGGCUGAAUAAACGUGACGGACAUCGUCUCGCGUUAGAUAAAUGAGAAUAGAUAGAUUUUAUUUAUUGUUUCCUAGGAAUCCUACAAGACACACACACUGUACCAGCGGCCAGUAGCGGGCACUGCCGCGAAGACUUCCUUCUCAUAGAGUCGAAGUAACGAGUAAUAUGUUCAACGAACGCGGCGGCGUCGUCGACCUGCCGUUGAUUCUUUCUUUCGGUUGUACAUACGUUGUAUACCUUGUUUACGUAGUCUCCGCGUCGAUUUUUCUAAGCGACAUGGCCAGGACACAGAAUCGGGAACGAAAAUAGAGUACGAUGAACUUUUUUCUACGCGCCUGAGUCUACGUUUUACACUCUCGCCUCGCCGUAUGGCAGCUCGCGACACACGACGAACCCACUACUAAUUACACUCCUAAGGGUGAACCAGAUUUACAAUUGUAAUUAUGUAUAAACCGAAUGCUAUGAUGUAUGAUAUUAUAGAUCGAUUAUAAAGAACACUCAUCAUUAUGAAAAUA